AUGCUUGCGCCACCAGUUAAUAUUCCCAAGUGGCUGGAGGAAAACGGGCACCUCUUGCAACCCCCAAUCAACAACUACUGCAUCUACAAUGAAGACGUCUCCGUAAUGAUCGUCGGCGGGCCCAACGCCAGGACAGACUACCACGUCAACCAGACGCCCGAGUGGUUCUACCAGCACAAGGGCGCCAUGCUGCUCAAGGUGAUCGACGACGGCGAGUUCAGAGACAUCGUCAUCCGGGAGGGCGACAUGUUCCUCCUGCCCGGCAACACCCCGCACAACCCCGUCCGGUUCGCCAACACGGUCGGCAUCGUCCUCGAGCAGCGGCGGCCCGACGGGUCCCUCGACCGCAUGCGCUGGUAUUGCCAAAACUGCAAGAACCUCGUCCACGAGGCCGCCUUCCACUGCACGGAUCUGGGCACCCAGAUCAAGUCGGCCGUCGAGGACUUCAAGUCCGACAACGACCUGCGGACCUGCAAGAAGUGCGGCGAGCUGGUGGACUGGUGUCCGAAGCCCGGAUCUAUCACUGAUCCCAAUGCGGCAUGA